AUGAUGAAUGCUAGAUUCCGAAAUGUUUCAGUUCAUCGAUAUUUGUGUCACUGGUUAAUGAGUAGGUUACUAUUACAAUGAACAGUAUUAUGGUCGAAAAUUUUGAUUUUCGUCCGAACAAGCACCGUUCUUUAAUGAGUGACAGACGAUUUGUUUCUAAUAAACGUAAAUUACGAGGAACUAAGUUUGAAGCAAUACCACUGAUUUCUGCUGAUGCAGAAAAUUGCUCAGACGAUGAAAUUACACUUCAUGAUAUCCGUGAUUUAAAGAAGCAAAACUCCCAUGAAAAUAGUUUUACUUCCUCCUUGAGAAAAAUAACAAAAAACGACAGCUCGAACAGUAAUGGAACAUUUUCUGGGAGUUCAGUAGAUCCGUUUACAAACUGUGAGUUUUUGCACUUAACUAUCCAAGAAGGUGAUACUUUACAAAGCAUAUCAAUAAAAUACCAGUGUGCCGUAUCAGAUAUUAAAAGAGCCAACAAUUUUAUCAAUAGUCAAGACUUCUACGCUCGAAAAUCCCUCAAAAUUCCGGUAAAGAAAUAUAGCUUGCUGACUGAAAUACUGCCAUCUGCUAUAACAGAGAAUCAGAGCUCCACAACCUGCGAAGAAUAUGGGAACAAUGUACGGACUAUUAAUGUGGGGAUUGGACCUGGCUCAAGAUGUCCUUCUCCCCAAGAAACGGCAGCUUUCUUCAAAAGGAUGGAUGAGGACCUAGUGAAGAUAAUGCUCAGUACCAAUUCUCAGAAGGAAUCUUUGGAAGCCGCCGCGGCUGCUCUCACGAGGCCACAGAUCCAACCACUUGUCAAAGAUCCCUAUAACACUGCGGAUUGUGGCAUUCAGUGGAACUUUUUGAUUCUGUGUACAAUUGUCAUUGUGAUUGUCAUACCAGCUGCAGUGGCCUUGUUCAUGUAUAUGCGGUCUACUCAGGACCAUCACCAUGGUGUGUAUCCCAGCAGCCACGCCAACGAAACAUUUCGGUCUGUUGCCAAAGAUAUUCGAAAAAGAAGCUAGCAGUCAUGAUUGUUAUUUAGGUGUAAACAUUAAUGAGCUCAAGAACUUCUCUGAAAACAAAGUUCGAAUAUUUUUUCCCGAUUUUAACUUAACCGUUUGAAAAAAAGUUGGUGGAUUAUGUUAGAAAACAAUAUCAAAUCUGCCUAUCUCCAAAAAGGUUAACAAAGGUAGUUUUAUUAUAAAUUUAAAAAAAGCAUUAUUUUAAGGUAAUUUUUUCCACAAAUUUGGGAAAAUUUCAUUACUCUUAAUAUUUUUAUGUUGUUGAUAUAAGAGUUGGGUAAAACACCAGUAGUGGUCAGUGCUUCAGUAAUGGUCCACUUCAAGUUUACUUUUGUACUUUGAAGAACGAAAUGAACAAUAAUAAUGGAUUUUCUUUGGUACUUGAUGUAACUAUCUUAUCGAAUCAAUUUUAUUCAUUAGUUAUUUGAAUUUGAAGUAUGUCAGAUGGCCACUACUGAAAUGAUCCGAUUUUGGAGUAGCCACUACUGGAUCAAAUUUGAGGUUUAAGAAAAAAAUGAACAAAUUAAAAUUCUGGCAUUUUUAUAAAUUCGACAUUUUUAGAAAGCGUGGGCUAAAAACGCUCAUUGAGUUUCAAGAGGGGUAAUUAAGAUUGUAGACCUACAGCUUAAAAAAUAUACUUCACUGUGGCUACUACUAGUGCGUUUCAAACCUUGAAGUGGCCACAACUGAAGAAGUUGCCAAUACUGGUGUUUUACCUUACUGCGCAUUACUUUUUAGAGUGGCAUGUAAAAUCUGAUUUAAAAUUGCCAGUAUAAAUAAAGUUUUCAUUCUGUAGAAAAUUCUCAUAAUAUAUUUUUUAAAUAUGUCUUAAAUAUUUCGUAUAUAACGAAUGAUUAGGAAUAUUUUUUAAAUAUUGUCUAAAUGAAUGGUUAAAAGUUAAUGAUUUUUAAAAGUAUUUUUGCAAAACUUGGUAUUUUCUUAUAUCUUCUGGACCAAUCUUUACAAGUUUUGGAUUUCAAGAUAAAAGAGUGAAAUUCUGGUCCCGUUGCCAUCUUUAAACAUCGAAGAAAGAUAUAGUUUUAUUUAUUGAAAAAAAUUACUAUUAAUAAAAUGCACUUCUCAGUUUUUUUUUUUUGUUAUUUAUCUUUUUUCUUUCUUUUUUUCUUUUUUGAAAAAAAAAAAAAAGUCUUAGAUUACCUAGCUAAAAUUAUUUUUCUUGCAUAACACGAACACGUUAUUUAUUUAUUUAUUUUUUUUUUUUUGGAGCAGUUAAGUUCUAAACAUUAGUAAUGCCGGAUUAUUUCCUCAAGAAAACUUUCUAAAGAACUUGUAGGUACGCAGAUUCAAAAUACAUUGACAAACAUUAAAGUUUGAUCAAUCAUCAAUCGUACAAAACAACAGAUUUUACUAAUAGAACAUGGAGCUGCAUAUUUUUAGGUAACCGCCAAAGCCCUAAAAAAAAUUGUGGCUUUAGGACCUAUACGUUCGCAGUCUUAAGGCUAAAUCCCGCAUUCUUCCUAUGUCUGUAUGACGACGACGUAUUUGCUUCUUGAUUGUGGUGAUUCUUGACAGUAGAAUGACAUGGAGUUAUUACAAUCAUGAAACAAAACACGCUACUUCACCAAAGCAGACAUAGGGAAAAAGCGGCGUUUAGCCCUAAGAUGGUGGACGUGUCGCUACUUUUAAGUUGCGGUCUAUAACUUUUGUAACCGCUAAACUGGACUCGAAUACUUUACCUUGUCGACGUGCAUGAAUAAUGGGGCAGUUGUCUUGUACUGGUGUUAUUGUGUUAUGAUUAUCUUUUAUUCCAUUAAACCUUGCAGUCUCUGCAGAAAACUUCUUCUAGCGGCUACCCUUUGCUUUUGCAACGCCAAGUUAAUACAAGAAAAGGACCUGUUUUUGAAUUGAGUCUGACACACCCCUUCAAAAAUUGUAAGUGCUAAUGAUCACUUUUAAUUUGUUAAUAAAUUGAAGUAUUUUUUUUUUUUGCUUAUUAACGUAUGAACCAGGUCAAUGUGUCAAGUUUAGAAAAAUCUAGCUUACGUAAAUGACUUACGUACUUAAUACUAAUUAAUAGUUUGAUUUCCAAGUUGGUAGUCUUAUGCUUUGAAGUUUGUUUACUUUUUAU